GCAGAAGUAUUGACUCACGAGGAACAAAAUAAAUAUCCAAAAUAAUUCCGGGAGUAAAUACUGAGGGAACAACAAAUUUCACUCUCAAUCCGAUGUUUUAUUUCGCAUUUAUUCAUACGUGAAUAAAUCAUACCGUAUUCAAUCAAACGUACAUAACUGAAGAUAUGCACGAUGGGGAAUAUAAAAUUCAUGGUCCAUGAAACGUGAAUAUUGUUGGAUCUCACGGUAAAUGAAAUGCGAGAGAAAAAGUUCCUCUCAAGUUUAUGCAAACAGUGGUUUCACGGGUAUUUAAAGGAGCUAUUGAUUCUCAGAACUUCUCACAUUGUGAAAACUUUUGAGUGUCAUUUCACAUGGAACAAUAGGUAGUUAUGACACUUCCAGACCAUGGAGUUAUGGUUGAUAAAUUCCAUAUCUAUUUGUAAUGAAAAGACAAUGAGCAAUUCUUAGCUGUGAACUUAUUGACAGCCGUCAUUUGCCAUCGGUGGAUGACAACGAGUUGAACUAAUCGUCAAAGUUCUUGAAAUAAUUUAUUUGGGGAGAUAAUAAUCGGGUGACGGUGUUGUGGCAUUUUAAAAUGAAAAUGAUGAAAUUGACUUUUUGGUUUAUUCUGGUGAGUAUUGGAGUAAGAGGUACAUCGGCGGAUAUAAAAGGGGAUGAGAGUAGUGAGUGCAGCUGUGGAGUUUUUCCAAGCGAUUCUCCUGAUCCAAUACUGGAACAAACAUUCCAAUUUAAAGUACCAUGCAGCAACGAUGGGGCCAACAAAUGCCAACAAAUUUGCACAGUCCUGGCACAAGCUGCUGAGAACAAGGCGCCAGAUAUGAUUUGCGACAAGUUGAAAAUUCACGUGGAGAAAUUGCGCGUCACCCUCGGCAUGAAAAUUUGCGAUCUCCCCUGGAAGCAAAUCGACCUCAAUAUUCCGAGCGUCUGCUGUCACAAUGGGAAAUCAAUACCCUGCAAUUUCCAGGAAUAAAAUAUUCAAUGAACUUUGUUAUAAAACAAUUUAAUUCAACCAACUUAUGCAGAUUCAAUACCAUUGAUAUUCACAAUACGUUUGAUGUGCCAAUAACUCGAAUGAAUACAAAAAAAAAAAUCACCGAGCCCAACGAAAAUGUAAAAAAUAAACGAGGUCACAAAGAGGCUUGAAACACUGCUCAUGUAGAUUGAUUUAUUCCAUUCGAUUGCUGAAGAAUCACUUUAAGUUUAUCCACAACCCUUUCUAGGCCCCGCCAUCAAUCGCCAUUAACUUUUCUCAUUAAACUCCCGGAAUAACAAGCCGAGCGAUUAUUUCAACACCAACUAGCUUCACCUUCCUACUCUGCGCAAGAAAGAGUAGUUUCCCCCCUCCCGGAAAUUUAAACACAAUUUUUAUCUAGACUCCAUUGGCCUAAAACCAGGGAAUCAGCAAUACAAUUUCCAUUGUUACCCAAACAUUGUUCUG